UGACUGUAGUGACAUUCCAGAGGGAAGCGCAAGUGGAACUUAUACGAUGUAUCAUAGAAAUGGAUCUUUUGAUGCCUACUGUGAUAUGACGACUGAUGGCAAAUGGACGGUUAUACAAAAAAGGUUAGAUGGGACUACAGAUUUCUACAGAAAUUGGCAAGAAUAUAAACAAGGUUUUGGAAAUGUCAACUGUGAAUACGGGUUAGGAAACGAUAAUUUGCAUAAUAUCCUGUCAACAAAAGACUACACGCUCAGAAUUGACCUCCAGGAUUGGAACAAUGAGACACGAUACGCUGAGUAUGACACAUUCUUUAUCGGAAAUGAAACGACCUACUAUAAACUAACUAUAGGUGAUUAUAAUGGAACUGUCGGAGACAGCAUACUUUCCCCUUCUCGAGAACGUCGCACAAUAAAUGGUAUGGCUUUCUCUACUUUCGAUUCUGACAACGACAAUGACACACUUAAUUGCGCUUUAGAUUAUGAACACGCUGGGUGGUGGUUCAAUGGAUGUACAGAUACAAACCUUAACGGAAUUUACUAUAAUGGCGGCGUGGUGAACAAAGAUGGAAUGUAUUGGAAAGCGUGGUAUGGUUCUGAUUAUUCACUUAAAACUGUUGCUAUGAAAAUCAGACCAAAAUUCUGAAACAUGCUUUAUGACCACCAGACACAAACUACUGAUGUGAAAAGAGUUUAGGAAUCGAACUUUUCAAUUAUUGAAUACUUUUUUUUACUGAUAUGAACUAUUGCAUUUUUAGUUUGAUAAAUAUUGGCCAGUCUCCCUUAUUCUCAUACAACGUGUAUAGUGUCUCCGGGAAGUUAGAUUAUUUAAGAGAAUUUUUCAUGGAUUUUCAAUUAUUUUCUAGUUCAAUGUUCAAAUUAGU